CAAAGUCUAGUAUUUAUAUAAUCAGUAGAAUACAGAAUAUAGAACAAGCAGUUAUAUAAUUUUAAAGUAGAAAGUGUUUUAUAAUUUCGAUAAGAAAACUCUUGUAUGAUGGAUGUUUACAAUAGUGUAUAAUACUACCUGUUGAUCCUAAUUUAUUCAGUUUUUUUUGGGUAAUCCUCUUGGCUUCGUGAACGAUGUCACUGAAGGUGUAUCCGGUAUUAAUUUAUUUCAGUUUCAUAUGAAUUACCAUAGCAGCAUAAUUAAAAUAGUAUAAUUAAAAGAAUUAUUUAUUACGACACAUUAACAAGCUACAUUGUUUUUCAUUGAAUACUCAACAACCCGAGAGUCACGGAUAAAACGAUCUAAUGCAAUCGAGCACAUAUAGGAUCAAUGAGAGUCAAUUAAUGUUAUUAGAUCACAAGCUGACUAUAUUUCCGGCAGCAAACUAUGAUGCAGUAUUAGAGUAAUGGUACAACUAUAAGAUGCAUCUUUAUCGUUUCAAAUCACGCUCCGUGUUUCUAGUUGGAUUUGGAAUUGGAAUUCUCUCUGCGUUACUCUUGCUUACAGUUCAACAUGUAUUUAAUAACAUGUCCAUUUAUGAAAGAUCCUUCAUGAAUUCUUAUACCGCAAAUAAGAAUGAUCUUUCAAAGUGGUUUACUUCUGUCACACCGACUAGUCAAGAGAUCACUUUCCAAUUAUGGGAAGAGAAAAAGGUGAAAGAUAGGUUUGCAAAUGUAACAUAUAGAAAAUGGUUGGAAAAUCAACAGGUGAAGAUAAAGGAUAUAGACAUGGAUACGUAUCUUUAUGGAAUUAAGGGGAAAGAAAGAUUGGAAGCUGAUUGGUUGAAAUCUAAUGUUCAUCUUACUUGUAUUGUUUUUGUGAAAAAAAUUAAACUAGCAAGAUCUGUCAAAGACACUUGGGGAAAGCAUUGCAACAAGAUAUACUUCUUUGGUCAACAGAAAGAUUCUGAAGUACCUGUUAGAAACUUUGACAGAAAGCUUGUGUCCUCUUGGCAGCUUUUAUGCGAAGCAUUUAACUAUGUUUGGAAGGAUAACGCAACCUUGGAAUGGCUUGUAUUUGUAAAAGAUGACACAUUAGUGAUUCCUGAGAAUUUACGUUAUAUGCUUGGCCCUCUAAAUUAUACCGACGAUUAUUAUUUAGGCCAUGCAGUGGUGAUGUGGGGUCAAUCUUAUAAUGCUGCUGACGCUGGGUAUGUAAUCAGUAAAGGAGUUCUUAAAAAGUUGACCACAAUGUUUGAUAAUUCUGAAAAAUGUAUAACUGGUGGUAAAUAUUGGAAACAAGAAGAUUAUUAUCUUGCUAAGCAUUUAGCAACCAUGGGAAUUCAUCCAUCUGAUACAAGAGAUCAGUAUUUAAGGGGUACGUUUCAUGGGUAUUCCUUACAGUCUCUCUUAUGGGGUGUUGCUAAAAUUGGCGUUUAUUGGACUCGUGCCUUAUAUCCAGCACACGACGAAUGUUGUUCCUUUAUGUCUGUUACUUUCAACGUCGCUGAAUCAGACAAAAUGUACACAUUGAAUUAUUUAUUGUAUCAUUUACAUGUCUUCAAAAAUGAAGCUAUUUUUGGGACUAGAAAUGCACCAGUUUCUGUACCUGAUGAAAACGUGUGGAAGGUUGCACUGAAGGAGGAGUUUAACAUCACAUAUCUAAAUAAUAUUUCCAGUGAUGCAUAUUAUGAGAUAUGGCAUUCGAAAUAUUCUGAGCCAGGGCAAUUAAUUGCUCAAAAUUAUCACGGUAGAAAUUAGAUAAGUUUGAUUAAUUUUUAUACUCCUAUAUAUUUAUUGUUACUUUUAUACAAUUUGUACAUAAGAAGUAUGAAAUUUAUAUGAGAAGUUCUCCAAAGGUAUUUAAAAAAAAUUCGUGAAAUUAAUAGAUAUCUGAUAUUUCAAUAUUUAUUGCAUAAUUAUUGUAUUAAUAAUGUUAGCUACAUGAGACAGUUUAAUGAUUGUUAAUGGUUUAUAUAGUUUAUUUACAUUAAUUAACUUUUUACGCAAUAAUAUCGUUCCAUUUCAUGAAUUCUAUUGAUACUGCGAAUUAUGAGACCAGUGAAAUGGUGUUAUUUGAUAAGCAUUUCCCUUGUUGCACCAUCGUUGCCUUAUCUAACUAAUUAGUAACUUAUUAACGCUUGUAAUAACCGUGAUAACUGAAUCUUAUCUCUAAUUUUAAAUAUGUGUCAAGAAUGUGGAAUAAUGGGUUUCUAUGUUAUUAAAUCUAGAUGAUCAUUUGUAUUCAGAUCUAUUACUAAUUACCAGAGAUUAUCGCGUAUAGUCAUAAGAAACAUUUGUAGUUAGAAAUUUAUACUCUGAACGACAAUAUUUGUUACUGUAUUUUAUGUAUACAUUUAUGUAUUUUUUUAUAUGGUACACGUUUUUAUUCAGAAGCUUUUAUAAAUUAUA